AUGACACUUCAACCCCUGACAGCGCGGACUGGAUUAUCUAAUUCGAGCAUGCAGGGGUUGGUUCCUGCUGCUACGAUGUCAAGGGAUACAUGGGAUCAACGAAGAAAGGAAAAUGCCGACCAUUUGGAGGCGGUCUUGAAAUGGCUAAAGGAUACUAAAGGGGUGAAGCAAAUCAUCAAGCUGGUUGUCCGAGAUGACAAGGACGGGCCCUGCAGCGAUGAGGUCAUUGAGAGAUGUCUAAAGAUCUAUGAUAUCCGGUACCUGGACUGGCAGAAGGAGGAUAUCUGCGUCCAAACCUUGCUGGAAGGUCAAGCCAAAAACCUUGUGGAGGUAUCUUUAUACUCAAGCGGUAAAGACAGCACUCUCUGGAGCUGGUCCAGCAAUGAUGGCCUUCACCGGCUUGAAAAACUGAAAAAGGUUAUAUUAAACAUAAACCCAGAUGGAAUUGAGACCGUCGAGCGGACAAAGCGUAAUGCUGAGCAUUUUAAAAAACGAGUUGAAGAGAUACCAGAGCGUCAAAUCCAGGUCAAUUACCACAUCGAUCCACCUCGUGGCUUGGAAGAUCCGUCUUCGGAUAAAGACCAGAAGAUUGAGGAUGGACAUGGGACCGCCAUGGCGACAUAUAUUCAAUUCGUGUGCCCCGGAGUCAGGCUCUAUGUUGCGAAGCUCGACCCCGAAUCUCAAGAAACACGAGCCGCAUCGGCUGCUGAGGCCGUAAAAUGGGCUAUUAAGCGCAAGGUUCAUGUGAUCUCCAUGAGUUGGACAGUCGAAAUCACCAAAAAGAAUGAAAAGCAAAUUAAGGCGUUUGAAGCCCAGAUUCGAGAGGCGGCCAGUAGGAAUAUAAUCAUGUUCUGUUCUGGUCGUGAUGAAGCAUGGAAUGAGAGCAGUAAAAGCUCUUACCCAGCUGGUAGUGACACCAAGAAGGUCUACCGAGUUGGAUCAUCAGACCUAUACGACAACAUGUUCACAUGGGUGAACGCGGGCAAUAUUGACUAUCUCCUGCCUGGUGAGGCUCUCUUCCCUGGAGAUAAGCUCCGUGGAGAUAGGAUUGAAGAAUCUGGGUGUUGUGACGAGAUUCCUGAAGAUGAAAAAUCAUACCAGGCCCUAUAGUGAGUGAAUCAUGGGAUCAUUAGGAUUAUUGCUUAAGAGGUUUAGUUGUGGGUGCAGCAUCGGGUUUAGUUUGUCAAAAUAGUUCUUAUACAUGAUUCUUAUACAUGGAUUCUUGAUCAUCU